AUGAGCUGGGCAUUUCUACGUGAUCUGCUGAGUGGAGUGAAUAAAUACUCAACAGGAGUUGGAAGAAUUUGGGUAGCAGUUGUGUUCUUAUUCCGCUUACUGGUUUACAUUGUGGCAGCAGAAAACAUCUGGAAGUACGAGCACGAUGAAUUUGAAUGCAAUAUCAGGCAGCCUGGUUGUGAAAAUGUUUGCUUUGACCAUUUUUUCCCUAUCUCCCACAUCAGACUUUGGGCUUUGCAGUUAAUCAUGGUCUCCACCCCUUCACUCCUGGUUGUUUUUCAUGUUGCUUACCGAGAGAAUAGAGAGAAACGCCACAACCAGAAACUUUAUAAAAGCCCAGGGCAGAUAGAUGGUGGGUUGCUGUGUACUUACCUUAUCAGCCUUAUUUUAAAAACAGGAUUUGAAGUAGUUUUUCUUGUUCUUUUUUAUAAAUUGUACAAUGGAUUCAAAGUGCCACAUCUUGUGAAAUGUGACAUAAGACCAUGUCCCAAUACUGUAGACUGCUAUAUUUCCAAACCCACCGAGAAGAUGAUUUUCCUCUAUUUUUUGGUGGCGACUUCAUGCUUGUGCAUUGUACUAAAUCUAAGUGAACUGAGUUACCUCAUUUUCAAAUACUCCAUAAAAUGUUAUCUGAAGAGGUACACCCAGAAACAUGAAGGUUCAAAAAGUGAUUGCCAGAAAUCAGGAAUCACUGGUCACACAAGAGGCAGAAGAGCACAGAGAGCCUUUGCCAUCAAUACAGCACAACCACCGAGUUUAUCUGCAAGAUCACAAUCUCACUUCCCUUUCAGAAAGUGCCUUGUUUAUUCAGUUUUUAUGGUAUGGCAAAAGGACUCACGUAUUUUAUAG